AUGCCACCUGAUCCCAAGUUAUAUUUACCACGAAAUGUGCCAUGGAGCGAACCUGCGUGGUAUCGUACUGGCAAAUCGGUCUACCUCAACGCAUCCCAUCGGAAAUUGAGGGAUAGUAUUCGCAAAUAUGUUGAUGAACAUAUCCUUCCCUACUCCUUGGAAUGGGAAGAAAAAGGCGAGGUUCCACGAUCAGCAGCACUGAGCUACUGUAAAUCUGGAAUUCCUUUCGACGACAUACCAGAGGAGUUUCGACCUCAGGAUGUCCCAAAACUAGCAGGAAUCCCACAGGGAGGAUUGGAUGCCUUUCACUUUCUUAUUUCAACCGACGAGAUGUCUCGUGUUGAAGGCGGAGUCUCCAUUGCCCUUGGCGGCGCGUCCACAAUCGGGUUGCCACCGGUACUCCAUUAUGGAACUCAGGAACAAAAGUCUCGUUGGUUUCCAGGACUAUUCUCAGGGAAUGUCAAUUUCUGCUUAGGUAUCACGGAGCCUGGUGGUGGUUCAGACGUGGCAAAUAUCCAAACCACGGCUGAAAAGUCUUCAGACGGCAAGUUCUACAUUGUGAACGGUGCCAAGAAGUGGAUUACAGGUGCUUCAUGGGCAACUCACAUGACUACUGCCGUACGAACCGGCGGUCCAGGUGCCAAAGGUGUUACAGUCCUCGAGAUCCCGCUCGAUAGCCCCGGAGUGUCUCGGACCAAGAUCUUCAACAGCGGACAGAACGCUGGAGGGUCUAGUUUUGUAGAUCUCGAAAAUGUCAAAGUCCCAGUCGAGAAUCGCAUCGGUCCAGAGAACGAGGGCUUUGCAAUCAUCAUGAAGAACUUCAACAGGGAAAGGUAUGCACUCGCAGUCGGGUGUAAUCGAAAGAGCCGGACCUGCCUUGCUAUGUCGUUCUCAUAUGCUAUGGAGCGCAAGACCUUUGGGAAGAGGUUGAUUGAGAAUCAAGUUAUACGGCGCAAACUUGCUGAAGUUGCACACCGCGUCGAAGCUCACUGGGCUUGGCUUGAGCAGAUUGCUUUCCAAGUCAAUUCAUCUGGUGAAGGCUGGCAGGAACCAAAUAUUGCAAGUCAGAUAGCUUUGGUCAAGAUCCAAGGCGGGCAGAUGGUGGAAUUGGCAUGCAGAGAAGCUCAGCAAAUCUUUGGGGGCGCCGGCUAUCAAAAGGGCGGCCGUGGGGCGACAGUGGAACAAAUCAGCCGCGACCUUCGGAUGCUAGUAGUUGGCGGCGGCAGCGAGGAGAUUCUUACAGAUCUUGCCCUUAGACAAGAAAUAGGGGCCUUCAGUAAGCAGGCCAAAAUGUAA